AUGGGCAAUCAGAAGGCGGUGCGGUUGAAGCACAAGGGCGUGGACUUCAAGAAAGUGCGCAGCAAGGUGGGGCGCAAGCUACCGCCGCCGUCCAACGAGACCAAGACCACCGUCAAGGCCAAGACGAUCGUGCUGCCGGGGCAGAAGCUGCUGGACGACCGGUCGCAGGCGGCGGUGUCGCAGAGGGGCCACACGCUGCCGGAGCUGCUCGCCCAGUCCGGCCACUACAGCGACAAGGUUCGGCAAGAGUCGCUCGUUCGCCUGCGCGAACUGCUGGCAGCCAAUCCCGAUGAGCUGAGGCGCCAUGCUGGCACCAUCCUCGCCAAGCUGGCGCCACGCAUUGCUGACGUGGACAAGAAGACAAGAGACUCCCUCCUGCUAUUGAUGCGCAACGUGCUUUUCCCGACCAUGCAGCCCGAGGAGCGCAUGGCGCCAUUCUUCACGCUGCUGAUGGGCCACGUGGGCUGUGCCAUGACACACGUGGCGCCGGACAUCCGCCAUGCCGCGCUGCCAUUCCUCUCAGCGCUGCUCGCCCACUACCCCUCGCUCUUCCGCUCCUCCUCCACCGCCCAGGUGGUGGCACAUUUCAGUGACAUGCUCGCCCUCGCCUCGCCCUCUGCGCGCUCCUUCCCCGCCCUUGCCACCACGCUCGCCGCCCUCACCUCCUUCCUCUCCACCGCCUUCCCCCACACCUCCUCUUCAUCCUCCCCUGCCUCCUCCUCCCCCACCGUCCCAUCCCCCUCCCCUCUCACCGCCUCGCCCUCCCUCAUCCCCCCUGGCUCCGCCCUGCCUCUGCCCACCUCCCCCUUCACGCACCCACUCCCCACUCUCUCCGCCCCCUUUCCCCCAGCCACCACCGCGUCCGCGCCCUCCCCCCCCUCCGCCUGCGUGCCCCCAGUGGAGUACAGCUGGCGCCUGGGUGUGCGCCUGCAGCGCGCCCCUCUCCUCUCCGCCCUCUCCAAUGGUGGUAACGAGUCUGGUUACCAGGCUCUGUCCGCUUCGAAAGAGACAAAAGCAGCAAUCGGGCCGGGAGGGCAGCAAGCAGCAGCAGCAACAGGCACGGCAGCAGCAGAGGGGGGUAUGGAGGGACUAAGCCGCCCAGCAGGCAUAGCAGCGGCGCUCAUCCCGCCUGUGCUUGCUGCUGUCACAGAAUGCCUUCCCCUCGUCUCCGCGCCCUCCCCCCACCUGCCCGCCCUCGCCUGCCUGCACUCCGCCCUCUCCGCCCUCCACUCCCUCCUCUCCCUCCACCCCCCCUCCCCCGCCACCCUCCUCUCCUCCUCAACCCCUCUUCCGUCCUCCUCCUCCUUCCCUUCUUCCCCCUCGCCCGGAUUCGCGCCUACCCACUCCGCCGGGUGCCAGUCAUUUUCCUCCAUCUUUCCGCACAUGCCUGAAGCUGCUGCAGGCGCAGCACUGCCAGCUCAGCAGCACCAAUCCCAGCCGCACCAACAUCAGAAUCACCAGCAGCAGCAGCAGCAGCAGCAGCAGGGCGGGUACGGGGACGCGCUGUCACGGGUGCUGCACAAGCUGGGCACGGCCUUCCCUCUGCACGCCCCUGCUGGCCUCGCCGCUGCUCGUGCCAAGGGCACCAAAGGCAGCAACGGUACCGCCGGUGGGGCAGCAGCGGCAGGUGGAGGGCAGCAGAGGGAGGUGGGCGAACAGCUGGCGCUGCUCAACGUGCUGCUCGCUGAAUGCCUCUCUCUCUUCCUCCCUGCCUCCGCCGCCGCCGCUGCUGCUGCUGCUGCUGCUGAUGGGUCCGGUGCAGCUGGUGCUGGUGGGAGGGGUAUGGGGAAGAGGCGGAGGGGUGUGCAAGGGGAGGGGGGAAAGGGGACGCUGGGGGCUGGCGGAGGGGAUGUGCGGGGGGAAAGGGGGACAGGGAGGGGAGCGGUGAGGGGAGACGCGCGAAGGAGGUUGCUGGAAGGGAGCAGAUUCGUGAUUCGGAUGAGCGGGGGGAGUAAGGAGUGGGGAGGAAAGGGAGGAGGGGGAGGAGGGAACGAGGGAAGCAAAAGGAAGAAUGGUGUACGAGAGAGCGAGCGAGGGAGGGGAGAUACGGGCGAUGUCGAGGAAGCAGAGGAGGGAGGGGACGAGGAGGGGGAAGAGGCGGAGGAGGAGGAGGAGGAGGAGGAGGCGAGGGAGGAGGCGUGGGUGGGGCAGCUGUAUGAGUUCAUAGAAGGGGCGAUGGAGGGCAAGCUCCUCCCUGCUCCGACCGCUGCGCCAAUCCUAUCGCGCCACGUCAGCGAGUCCCUCAUUCGCCGCCUCCUCCCUCUCUUGCCGACCCUCCUCCAUUACGCCCCCUCGGCCGCCCGCCACGCCUCGCUGCUGGGCGGCUUCUCUCGUCUCUUCUCCGUAUCGCCCGCCCGCAGUGCCACCCGGGCUGCCUGCCUGGAUGUGAUGUUUGGGCUGCUGCAGCAACAGGCGACGGUGCUGCGCCUCUUCUUCCGCAUUGCCUCCAUCUCGCCACAAUCACCGCCCUCCCCCUCCUCCUCCGCCCCGCCCUCCUCCUCGUCCCUAUCGGAGCACAUCAGCAGUGUGCAGCCGCUGCUCGUGCCCUUCUUUGCCGCCUCCAUUGCUGCUCGCCCUGCCGCUCCAGCCACACCAGCCCCAUCACCCGCAGCAGCAGCGCCAGCAGUCGAAACAGCGGCGGCGGAGGAGGCAGCAGCGGGGCAUCGGCUGGUGGUGGGGCCGUUCCUGCUGCUGCCAGCGCCCCUGCAGGCGCUCUCGCUGGACCUGCUGCUCUGCUUCCCCCACCUCUCCCUCCCCCUCCUGCAGUCCCUCGCUGUCUGCUGCAUCGCCUCCCACUCGUUACACUCACACUUGUCGGAGUCACAAACCCAGCAAGAGCAGCAGCAGCACAAGGGGCAAGGCACGGAGCAGGACGCGUCUGAAGCAGCAGCACUGCUGCCACGUGGCAUGCGGUGGUUGGCGGGGAGGGCAGUGGAGGUGGUGGGAGCAGCGCACAGGAGGGGAGCAGUGGGCUUGCCAGAGUACCUGGGCUUCCUCGUCUCACUGCUGCUCUCCCGCACUCGCGCCCACUCCCACCCCGACAUCACCACCGCGUUCCAAGGGCGAGUGAGGCGACACGAGGAGGCGGAGAGGCAGCACCACCAGCGCCACAGCCACACCCACGCGGGUCAGGCGGACCCCAAGGGUGAAUUGAAGAGCUCUCCACCGUCGGAUCUUCCUCGGAGCAAGUCAGCGGGGUCGAGACGGUUCCUGGAAGAUUCUUCGGGGUUGUGUCGCGAGAUAUGGGAGCGGGAGCCGGCAGUGGGGGCGGUGUGUGCGGCGUUGGUGCAUGUGCCCGUGGGGGGUGGGGUGGGGGGCGCGGUGGGGGGCAGUGUGGGGAAUGGAGGGGGCGUGGGGGGCCAGGCAGGGGCGUUGAUGGACGGAGCAGCAGUGUUGGACCUCGUCUCACAGCCACUCGCUGCCGCCCUCGUGAGUGCUUGCUUGCUACCCGCCCGGCCCCCCCACCCCCUACCCGCCCAUCCCGUCGCCCCUGAAACAUGCAUCCCUCUGCCGACCCCAGCACAUCCCUGCCAUCCCUGGCAUCUUCCCUGCUGUCACUGCCUGCUCCCAACGGUCUCUCUCCCUCGUGUCCCUCCCUCACCCCCUUCUCUCCCCCCACAGAGCGACCCCAGCACCUCCCCGCCGUGCCUCUACGGCAUCUUCCGCGCCGUCGCCGCCUGCUCCCGCCGCGCCCACCUGCACCCCUUCCCCGCCCCCCUGGGAGUCAUGCCGGGUGUGGCGGAGGUUGGAAGUGGUGCAGGUGGAGGGGGUUUAGAGGGGGACCAAGGGAAGGGUGCAGCGCCAGUAGAGGCUGCAGACCCGUCAGUCUCAGCUACAGCAGCGGCUGCAACAGCUGGUGGUAUCGAGGAGUGUGAAGGCAGUGCGCAGCCUUCAGCACAGCCGUCACCAUUGUCAUUGGCAUGUGCACCGACACAAGCACCUGGGUCCAUGUCACGCCAGGCGACCACCUGUGUGCCGCCGUGCCUGUCAGCGCUGCUGCCAGCCAGCCUUGCUCGCUUCUGCUGCCACCUGCUUCAGGAGCACCUUUCCUCCCUCUCCACCUCAACCCCCUCACCUGCGCCCACGAGGACGUCUCUGCUGCGCGCGUGCCCGUGGCUGGUGCCCGCACUGCGUCUGCUCGCCCUGCACCCUUUCCUGCUCGCGCCCUUCCUCCACCUCCUCCUCCUCCGGACAGAGAAGCAAGAGCGGGGCGCAUGGGCAGUGGCCGGAAAGGCAGGGAGCGCAGGGGCAGGGAGCACAGGAGCUGAGGGCGAAGGGGCAAGCGUGCAGGCAAGAGCGGGCGUGGUGUGUGUGGCGGUGCUGUGGGGCCCGUUGGAGCAACCGCUGCUACUGCUGGGGGUGGCAGACAGGCAACAACUCAUAGCUGGCCUCGCAGGCUUGACGCAAGCGGUGCAGGCAGCAGCAGGGGGCGGCUCUUCUGUGGGGUGGUGUGAGGCUCUGCUCUCUCAGGCACGCUCCCGCCUCGCUCUGCUCUAUGGCUGCUGCUGA